AUGCAGUCUGCCGACAUCUCCGCAUCCGUGACUCGUCAUGACACAUACUACAUCGACGAGGGAGACAUCAUUGUGCGCGCAGAGAACACGUUGUUUCGCUUUCACUCGUUCCAUCUGCAGCGCGACACGACAUACUUUGAUGAUUCAAUUGCCAGCCAGAGUGCCAACCCUGGCGAGGGUCACGUCGGCUCCAUUGAUGCAAAUCCGCUUGCAGUUGACGACGUCAAGGCGAGCGACUUCGAGCACUUGUUGUGGUUCUUCUACGAGUCGGCGUAUAAAUGGUCUAGCACAGCCGAUCCCACCCUCACGCCCAAGUGGGAGUCCACCUUGAGGUUGGCGGAUCUGUUUGGCAUGAAGCGGUCGGCGAAGGUCGCUUGCUACGCCCUAGACUGUGCAGGCGCCCUCUCCGAUGUACGCAAGAUCGCGCUUUGCGCCAUUCACGGCAUGGGCAAGGACUGGAUCAUUGAAGAGUUGAAGCGCUUAAUCUCGCGCGACGCGCCUCUGACUCCGAGCGAGGCGGCCGAGAUCGGGUCCCCCAUCGCCGUCGCUGCUUUGGCUGCUGCUCGUGAGGAGUUACGAACCCUUCCCGUUGCGGAACCUUCGCCUUGCUCUCCUCAGGAUCUAGAAUGCAUGCCGUGUAGUCGCAUGAAGAGUUGUCACGGGGGAGUACACACUUGUGCAUCAUGGGGGCAUCACAACACUCCCUGUCCCAAGAGGGACGUGUCUUACAUCCAGGGUCUACGUCCGAAUGUGCAGACGGUCGUCAGCAACUCCAUAGACCCCGACAUAUUCUCGAAAGAAAUAGUCACGAUGGCCAACUUACGUCCACGGCCGCGCUGGACGGGCGACCUCUACCUCAAGAUAGAGGAUCUUGUCUGCUCUGUCGACCCAUACAGUCUCGGAAGAGCGUCUAGAGUCUUUGCAGGGAUGCUGAGUAUCCCGAAGUCCCACAACACUACCGAGGGAACGACAGAGGUCAACCCGAUCGUCAUCGACGCCAAGGCGGAGCAGUUUCGAAGCUUCCUCUGGUUCCUCUAUGACUCCGGAUACGGGUGGUCGCAUACCGCGAAUCUCGAAACUGCAAAUCGUUGGGAGGAUAUACUUUUGAUCGCUGACAAGUUCUCCAUGGACGAAGUCGCGCAAGUGGCAGCAUACGCAUUGGACCACAACAUCGGUCUUGCGGACAUACGCAGAAUAUCCCUAACUGUCGAAACAUGGCCGUACAGAAUCCACUCUUUCCACUUGUACCGAGCCACGGAUGUCUUCGAUGAAGAAAUCCAGGCGCGUCAGGAGGGUCGCACUGGCUCCAUCGUGCUGCCGGACGUUAAACGUGCCGAUUUUGAGAACCUCCUUUGGUUCUUCUACGAGUCUGCGUACAAAUGGUUCGGCCUCGUCGACCAGACAUACAGGGAACAAUGGGAGUCCGUGCUGCUCGUCGCCGAGCAACUCAAGAUGCGGCAAGUUGCGAUCGUCGCCAGCCACGCACUCGACCGUAUGGGCGCGCUCGAUGACAUCCGUAAAAUCUCGCUGUGCGCAAAGCACGUCCGAGACCAAAACUGGGUUCUCGAGGAACUCGUUCGAACCGUCGACCGCAAGGAGCCGUUGAAUCUCGCAGAAGGCAAACAGCUUGAUAUCGAGAUGACGAUCGCCAUAACGGCAGCUCGGCACGCUCUAAUGGAGUCAAGGUUGCCGCUGGCAGCUGAGAAGUGCUCGUCGACGGGCAAGUGUUGGGAAUCAGGGCACGACGACGACGAUCCCGAUGUUGUAUGCUUUCUCGGCGUCCACACCUGCAACAAGCUCCACCAGAAGGCUUGCCCUAUGCUGAGCGAGGUGUCAGCACGCGACGCUGUGGACGACAUGCUCACUGACGAGGAUCUCUUCGCUGUUGCGACGCCCGAGAACAACAGAGAAGAAAAGAAGAGAAAUAUAGCCCGGGCGCCCACUCAAGGUGACUCGCUAUUCCUGGUUGAGGGCAAAUCGUAUCGCUUACAUUCCUACCACCUCAAAAGGGCGUCUAAGGUCUUCUCGGACAUGUAUCUUCUUCCGAAGUCUACCCGCGCCAAGAAGCACGUAGAAGGCGCCACACCUCUCGACGUCAAAGCCGAGGACUUCAUGAAUCUGAUUUGGUAUUUCUAUGAAUCGCCUUAUGAGUGGACUCCAACCGUCCCGGAUCCCUCUGUUUCCCAAGCAAAAUGGGAGUCCGUCCUGCGCCUCGCCGACCUGUUCGACAUGGAAGAAGCUGCUCAAGUCGCUACAUACGCCUUGGAUCGCUGCAACGCGCUUGGUGACGUGCGCAAGAUAGCUCUUUGCGUUCGUCACAACAUCCGACUCGAGUGGGCUUUGGAAGCAUUGAAGAACGUUUGCGGGAGGGAGCAAGGGCUGAGCGUCGCGGAGGCGAGGGAAGUUGGUGCCGACAUGAUUGCGCUCCUGGCGCUGGCGCGAGAGAGGUUCUUCAGGAGUGGGAGUCAGAUGGACGCGUUGGAAGGAAUUGUGCGCGAAACGAUUAUAGAGUCCAGCUAA